CAGUUACAUUUCUAAUAAUUUGUUCAAAAAAGGGUUGUAAUGGCUUUAUUAUGCAAUAAUUAAUUCAUCUAUUGGCUUGUAAAAUAGUGCUGAAAUCUUUGUCUUUUUCCUUUCCAGAACUGAAUUCAAAUGAUGGACAACUCAACAAUUCUUAUAUUCACAAUGACUGAUUACGCUUUCAUGAAAAACUACAAACACGGGCUGUUUGCCGUUUUCUUCCUGCUAUAUUUUACAACUAUCGUUCUGAAUUCACUGCUCAUUACUGUCAUACACCAAAACAAAGAGUUGCAUCAGCCCAUGAAUGUGUUCACGUGCAUGUUAUCCAUCAAUGAGCUCUACGGCAACUCUGCCUUAUUACCUGCAGUUAUGGCUCUGCUCAUAUCCCAGACAUAUGAAAUAACUGUAAAGUGGUGCAAGGCUCAGGUUUAUUUCCUGCACUCGUAUGCAAUUGCUGAGUUUUGCAUUCUGGCUGUUAUGGGAUACGACAGAUAUGCUGCCAUCUGUUACCCACUGCAUUACCACAGCAUCAUGUCUAAUUCUAAGACUGGCACGCUUGUUGCACUAACAGCGCUCUAUCCAUUCAUUGUGUUUGGAUGCUUUUACUCACUGACCUUACAGCUGAGCAUCUGUGGGACAAGGGUGCCAAAAUUAUACUGUGUGAACAUGGAGCUGGUCAAAAACUCCUGUUCAAAUGCAUCCUACAUAAGUAUUAUGGGACUUGUGCUUAUUUUUUUCACUGUUGUGCCUCAGGUAUUGAUGAUUAUUUUCUCGUAUGCACGGAUUGCAAGAGUGUGCCAGAAAUUAUCAAGACAGUCUCAGAGAAAUGCUCUUAAAACGUGCAUCCCACAUGUGUUAUCGCUGCUGAACUACACCAUCGGCGCCUGUUUUGAAAUCAUCCAAACUCGAUUUAACAUGAGUCAUGUUUCCAUGGAUGUACGGAUCUUCAUGUCCUUAUACUUUGUCGUCAUUCCAGCGAUUUUCAACCCUGUGAUGUACGGCCUCGGCACUCAAGCAGUCAGAGUUCACAUACUGAAACUAUUUGUUAGAUACAAGAUCCUGCCAACAAAUCUAGUCAGUGAUAAGUGAUCGCAGCUUCAAUACAGACUAUUUAACUUUGU